AUGAACUUCUCCGACCGUCUGACAAAUAAGAAGGAUAUUUUUUCACUUUCAGUAUUUGAGUAUGGACCACUUGGUUUAAUAAUACCUCUAUUACUUGCUCUUAGACGGACUCUGCAACAGCUCUGUUAUAAAAACUGCGAAUGGGAUGAAACUGUUGAUGAAAGUCUCAGCUCGAGUUUUGAAACUUGGUUGGAGGGACUUACAGAUGUCGAAAUCUUGAGGAUACCACGAUGCUUAAAUGUUGAGCCAUGUGUCAAAGGACCGAUAUCUAAUGCAUCAGAAAGUAGUUGUGGGGCUGUAGCUUAUAUGAGGUUGGAGUGUGAUGCAAGCACAACGAGAUGUUCCAUUCCGAGAAAAUCUAGAAUAGCUCCUCUAAAACUUGUUCGUGUUCCACAACUUGAACUGCGAGCCUCAGCACUGUCAGUGAAAUUGAUAAGACAAAUAGUGGAAGAAAUAAGGCUGAAACAUAUGACUGAAAUCUACUUUCGAAAUGACGUGAAGGAAAGAUCUAAGUUGUAUAUUAAUAAAUAUAGUAACGCUGAGAAACUUCGGAAGCAUCGUACUGAUCAGUCUGUUGUGCUUCGCGAAGCUAAGAAGGAUGAGCAACCUCAGAAUCACACUGUUGACUGGACUAGAUGA